CUUCGGUCGCAGAUUUUCGCAGUUGCCGGCAUUUGCUCCUCUCGCACGUCAUCACCAAAUUUUGAACGGUUGAGAACCGGCAACCGCCGAUGGUAGAAUUUAUCCCGUCUCCACCACCGGCGCCGCCGAGAUCUGCCACGGAUCUGUUUUCUGACCCGCUCGACUCCCAUCCCCUCUGGUUCAAGCCCUCCGCUUUCCUCUCCCAGGACUUCGACUCCGAGUCCUACAUCUCCGAGCUCCGGACCUUCGUCCCCGUCGACACCUUCAGGUCCGAGCUCCAGAGCCACCUUUACUCCCUCAAUUACGAGCUCAUCGACCUCAUCAACCGCGACUACAACGAUUUCGUCAACCUCAGCACCAAGCUCGUCGACGUGGAUGCCGCCAUUGUGCGGAUGCGAGCUCCGCUGUUGGAGCUGAGGGACAAGAUUGAAGGAUUCAGGGGAAACGUGGAGGGAUCGCUCGUGGCUCUGCGCAAUGGUCUGAAGCAGCGGUCGGAGGCCGCAUCUGAGAGGGAGGUGUUGGAGCAGUUGCUCGACACUUUUCACGUCGUGUCCAAGGUCGAGAAACUGAUAAAGGAGCUACCGAGCGUGCCUGCAGAUUGGUCAAAUGGGGAUGUGAAUUCGGCCGAAAAUGGCUCCUCCAUCAGUAACGGACUGUCCUUGAAUCAUGUUGCUGAGAAUGGAACGAAUCUAAGAGAGACUCAAAGCAUGCUCCUGGAAAGAAUUGCCAGUGAGAUGAAUCGACUCAAGUUCUACAUGGCUCAUGCACAGGACCUACCUUUUGUUGAGAACAUGGAGAAGAGGAUUCAGAAUGCCAGCCGGCUGCUUGAUGCAAGCUUGGCUCAUUGUUUCGUGGAUGGGUUGGAGCAUCAAGAUGCUAAUGCAAUUUACAAUUGCCUACGUGCAUAUGCUGCUAUCGAUAACACCACUAGUGCUGAAGAAAUUUUCCGGACCACCGUUGUGUCUCCUGUGAUACAGAAAAUUAUUCCAUAUGGACAGUCUGGAAUGGCGGCACCAGGAGACGCGCUUGAAAGUGAUUAUCAAUCAAUUAAGCGAAGUAUAAGAGAAGAUUGUAAAUUUUUACUGGAUAUUGCUUCCACAGAAAAUUCUGGUUUACAUGUAUUUGAUUUCUUGGCUAAUUCUAUCCUUAAAGAGGUUCUGGUUGCUAUUCAAAAGGCAAAGCCCAGUGCCUUUUCUCCAGGAAGACCCACAGAAUUCUUAAAAAACUAUAAAUCGAGUCUCGAUUUUUUAGCUCAUCUGGAAGGCUACUGUCCAUCCAGAUCUGCUGUUGCUAAAUUUCGUGGAGAAGCAGUCUAUCUAGAGUUCAUGAAGCAAUGGAAUAUUGGGGUUUAUUUUUCGUUAAGAUUUCAGGAGAUAGCAGGGGCAUUAGAUUCAGCACUUACAACGACUAGUCUUAUCCCACUUCAGAAUUCAAGUCCUGAUAAAGAAAGUUUGAUGUUGAAGCAAAGUGUUACACUUUUGGAUAGCCUAAAAUCCUGCUGGAGAGAUGAUGUUCUCAUUAUUUCCUGCUCUGACAAGUUUCUGCGUUUGUCUUUGCAGCUCAUUUCCAGGUAUUCUAAUUGGUUGUCGUCUGGACUUGCCGCUCGCAAGAUGGGUACUACAGGUUCCCAUCCCGGAUGUGAGUGGGCUAUCGCUGCUUUGCCAGAUGACUUAAUCUAUGUUAUUCAUGAUGUUCGCUUUCUUGCAAGAGAAGUCGGUGGUGAUUACUUGGGACUUGUGCUUCGGCUUCUCUCUUCAUGCUCUGCCGAAGUUCGUAAUUCUGUGAAAGACAGCAUUUUGCAGGGAGGAAAAUCAUUGAACGACAUUGUCCCUUCAAUCAUUAAUGCAAUUGUGGAAGCUCUUGUUGAGAAGUCUGUUGAGGACUUAAGGCAGCUGAAGGGAAUAACGGCGACUUACCGGAUGACGAAUAAACCUCUUCCUGUCAGGCAUUCACCAUACGUAGCAGGUGUCUUGCGUCCCUUGAAGACUUUCCUGGAUGGAGAGCGUGCAAAUGUAUACUUGACCACAGAUGUUAGGAAUGAACUGAUACUGAGUGCUGCCACUGAGGUUACUGGCCGCUACAAUGAAUUGGCCUCUGACCUUGUUAAUGUGGCUAGGAAAACAGAAUCUUCGCUUCAAAGAAUACGUCAGGGUGCACAGAGACGAGCUGGAGCAAGCUCGGAUGUAUCGGAACAAAAUGUGUCCGACACAGAUAAGAUCUGUAUGCAAUUAUUCCUAGACAUUCAGGAGUACGGGCGCAACCUUUCAGUGCUUGGUGUUGAAGCAGCUGAUAUUCCGGCAUAUCGUUCCUUAUGGCAGUGUGUUGCUCCCCCUGACCGGCAAAAUGUGAUCAGUUUCUAGAUUAUGGAGGAAUUUCAUUUUUGGGUGCAAGAUUGUGUUAUGUUGUGUAAAAUAAGUUGCCUUUUUCACUUCAUUGAGAGCAGCUUUUUGUGUAUCUUUACUCGAGGAAUUAAAUACUUUCAGAGGGGAACAGUUUUGCACACUGGAUGUUUUAUUCCUUCGUAUACAAUGAAGAUCGUUUAAAA